CCCGAGGCUGCGCUAACGGAGCUGCUGGAUGAGUGUGAGGAGCAGCUGUGUCAGCUGCAGCAGCUGCAGAACGAGAUCGCCUUGGCAGACAGUGAGUCACUUCAAAACCCGCCCAAUCAGGCCGCGGAUCGAGUGAACACUCUUAGAGCAGAGCUUAAAGAGUGGCUGGAAAUACAGCCUAACCUGCUGUCUUCAAAUCCUGACGUCUUGCUUGCUGUUGGCAAGGAGGAGUUGCCCCGGCUGAACAAACAACUUGAAAUGGUGCUGUCCUGCUCUCAGGCAAAGAGGGACAAACUCAAGGAAGUUUUAAAAAGUGAGCAGAAGUGGUUAGAAGAGAAAAAUGACGUGCUGAAGGCGGCUACUGAACAAGUAAUUGCCCUGCAACAGGAAAACGACAGGUUAUCUGAAAAGGGUGUGUUAGAGGACAUGAAGAAGAAAGUCCAGAAGGUGAAAGAUUACCAGGAUACUCUUCUGGAAACGCUAAGCGACAUCCUGGCUGAACACUUUCCGCUUCCUGUACAGGAAGGAAAUGCUAACAAGAAAAAGAAGGGCAUUACCACAGAACCAAGAGCGGAUCUCAUUUCACUGCACGAUAUUCUUGAGCUGCUCAUGAACAAAUUUGUUGAGACCCCUCAUGAGCCUUAUGUUGUGCUCAAUGAGACAUUUUGGCCUCCGUACAUUGAGAUGCUGCUUCGACAUGGAAUUGCAUCAAGACACCCAGAAGACUGCUUUAAAAUUCGUUUGGAAGCUUUUUACUAG